AUGCUCGUAUUGCAUAAGACACCAAUAGAGGAAAUUUUCCAAAAACUGAGAGCGAGAAAAGUCUGUCGCAGUUUGAGAACUGCUGUCGACAAAUUUGGAAUACAUUUUGGUUGCAUCGGUUUGAUCUUGGGGAAAGAUGUAGUCAAUAUAUGUUGGAAUGGAAUUGACGUUGAAGAGAUUGAAGAUGUAUUUAUGUCUCAAUACGAAUACAUCAGAUAUACUGAAGCAGCAAAUGGCAGUACGAACAUGAUUCACAAUGGACAUGAAAAGUUAAUCGAUGGAGAAAACUUUGUGGAAAGAGCGGGCAAGGAUUUUAAAAUAGUAUCGAAGCACGCACAGAAAAUUGAAAUUUUCAAUUCAAAUGAUGACAACAUUGUUACAACUUUGAAUGAGUUUUUGAAAUUCGAAACAUGUAUUCUCGUGAAGGAUGUAAAAUUAUGGAACUUAUCUCUUGAUGAUGUUCUUACGAAUCUUCCACGUUUUAAUGCUAAAGAACUCAAAACUAUUAAAUUGGAAUGGGUGAAGUCAAUUGACCAAUUCAAAAGAAUAAUCCAUUUGGAUUAA